AUGCUCAUACUCAUGCUCAUGAUCAUACUCAUGCUCAUACUCAUGCUCAUGCUGAUACUCAUGCUCAUGCUCAUACUCAUGCUCAUACUCAUGCUCAUGCUCAUACUCAUGCUCAUGCUGAUACUCAUGCUCAUGCUCAUACUCAUGCUCAUGCUGAUACUCAUGCUCAUGCUCAUACUCAUGCUCAUGCUCAUACUCAUGCUCAUGCUGAUACUCAUGCUCAUGCUCAUACUCAUGCUCAUGCUGAUACUCAUGCUCAUGCUCAUACUCAUGCUCAUGCUCAUACUCAUGCUCAUACUCAUGCUCAUGCUCAUACUCAUGCUCAUGCUCAUACUCAUACUCAUGCUCAUGCUCAUACUCAUGCUCAUGCUCAUACUCAUGCUCAUACUCAUGCUCAUGCUCAUACUCAUGCUCAUGCUCAUGCUCAUGCUCGUGCUCGUGCUCAUGCUCAUGCUUAUACUGAUGCUCUUGCUCAUUCCUAAGCCCAUCCCCAUUUCCCUGCAGCACUAUCCAUUCACUCACAAACCUAGGCCACUUAGACUCAACCCCUUCCCACACCCCCUUCCCAUCCCCCUUCUCCCCCUCCCCCCUCCCCUGCGCUGCCCUGUGUGUGCACGGCAUUGA